AUGUUUUUAUUGUCUCCCUGUGCUUCAGAUAAGAAACUAGGGGCCAUCAGCCUGGGCAGCUUCCUCUCCUCUCCCCAGAAGACUAAAGUAGGAAAUGACAUCAGACUGGUUUACACUGAAGGAAGUGUUUGCAGCGAUAAAAAGACGAAGAUCCAAACCAUCCUGACACUCAAGUGCAAACCAGGAGAUCUGGAGAGCGCUCCUGUCCUCCGCAGCGUUUCCUCUGAUGGAUGUGUGUAUGAGAUGGAGUGGUACACCGCCGCCGCCUGCGUCCUCUCCAAGGUUCAGGGAGACGACUGCAGGGUGGAGGACCCUCAGGCCGGGUUUUCCUUCGACUUGUCUCCUCUCUCCAAAGCCGACGGUGGUUUCUACAACCUGACCAGCGACCACUACGAUUACUACAUCAACGUGUGCGGUCCUGUCAAAGCUGCCAGCUGUCCGGAGAAUGCUGGGGCGUGCCAGUCCGAAAAGAGUUCUUGGAGUCUCGGGGAAGCGAACUCUCGUCUGUCUUACUACGACGGCCUGAUCCAGCUCACCUACAGCAACGGCUCCCAGUACAACAACAAAGGACACACUCUCAGAUCCACUCUCAUCUCCUUCCUGUGUGACCCUGAAGCCGGAGCUGGAAAACCAGAAUUCCAGAUCGACAAUGUCUGGUACCAGUCUCUACAUGAAGUAGACCGUCUGCCUGCGUACGCCAGCGUCGGACACCUGUCCCUACUAGCCUGCUUUACAACUUACAUCAUGAAGAAGUUCAAGUACCACAGUCUGUUCAGGUAG